AUGUCGGGCGACAAACUUCUGAGCGAACUCGGCUAUAAGCUGGGACGCACAAUAGGCGAGGGCAGUUACUCCAAGGUGAAGGUGGCCACGUCCAAGAAAUACAAGGGCACAGUGGCCAUCAAGGUGGUAGACCGGCGGCGCGCGCCGCCCGACUUCGUCAACAAGUUUCUGCCACGCGAGCUAUCCAUCCUUCGAGGCGUGCGACACCCGCACAUCGUGCACGUCUUCGAGUUCAUCGAAGUGUGCAAUGGGAAGCUCUAUAUCGUGAUGGAGGCGGCUGCCACCGACCUGCUGCAGGCAGUGCAGCGCAACGGGCGCAUCCCCGGGAGCCAGGCGCGCGACCUCUUUGCGCAGAUCGCUGGGGCUGUGCGUUACCUGCAUGACCACCACUUGGUGCACCGUGACCUCAAGUGCGAAAACGUGCUGCUGAGCCCCGACGAGCGCCGCGUGAAGCUCACUGACUUUGGCUUUGGUCGCCAGGCACACGGCUAUCCUGACCUGAGCACUACCUACUGCGGCUCAGCCGCCUACGCGUCUCCUGAGGUACUCUUGGGUAUCCCAUACGACCCCAAGAAGUACGACGUGUGGAGCCUGGGCGUCGUGCUCUACGUCAUGGUCACCGGGUGCAUGCCCUUCGACGACUCGGACAUCGCUGGUCUGCCCAGGCGCCAGAAGCGCGGCGUCCUCUACCCCGACGGCCUCGAGCUGUCGGAGCGCUGCAAGGCCCUGAUCGCAGUUGCUGCAGUUCAGCCCGUCUGCCAGGCCCUCAGCGGGCCAGGUAGCGCGCAACGGCUGGCUGCGUGCUGGGGACUCCAGCUAGAAGCCGGGUUCCCGCCAUUUCCGCCGCCCCGAGCACUGCGCAAGCGCAGUGCAUGCGCGCGAAGCGCGCUUCCGUACUCUCACGAAGCCGACACGCGCCACUGCGCACGCGCACUUCCCCCUUUUUCCUGA